GGCGCAGCAGCGGGCAGCUCUGUGGUGGAGGCAGCUGGACCAUGGCGCUCUCUCCUCAGCAUCUUCUCGGCGUCUAACCCUCCUGAAGGAUGAGCAUCCCGGACUUCCUCCUGGAGGUGUCCAUCGUGGUGGUCGCGGUCGUGUCGCUGGUCACCAACUCGUCCGUCCUGCUCUGCUUCACCCAGAGCGCCGAGUUGAGGUCGCACGUCCCCGGCAUCUUCGUCCUCAACCUGUCCUUCUCCAACAUCCUCCUGGCUGCGCUCAACAUGCCCGCCACUUUCGUCGGGGUGGCCGAACACUCUCACCGGCCCUUCGGCGACUUGUUCUGUCAGGUGGUGAGUUUCUCCGAGACUUUCCUGACCAGCAACGCGAUGCUGAGCAUGGCCGCGCUCAGUCUGGACAGGUGGAUCGCGGUGGUGUUUCCGCUCAGCUACAGCAGCAAGAUGCGCCACAGAGACGCGCUCCUGAUCGUGGCGUACUCCUGGCUCCAGUCGCUCACCUUCUCGCUGACCCAGCUGAUGAUGGACUGGGGCGGAUACAGCCGCACCUACGCCUCCUGCACCGUGCACCUGUCCGAGGAGAGCGGAGCGCAGCUGCCCGCCUUCGCCACCUUCACCGCGCUCUUCCACUGCAGCAGCUUCGCCUUCUGCCUGUUGGUGCUCUGCUUCGCUUAUCUCAAAGUUUUAAGAGUCGCCAAGUCGCACUGCAAGAGGAUCGAUGUGAUCACGGUGCAGACGCUGCUGCUGCUGGUCGACAUCCACCCCAGUGUGAAGGAGAGGUGUUUGGCUCAGCAGAAAAAGAGAAGACAGCGAGCGACCAAGAAGAUUUGCAUCUUCAUUGGUACCUUCGUCUUCUGCUUCUCACCCUACGUGAUCACCAGGUUGCUGGAGUUGUUGCCGUGGAUUCACAUUCCCCGGUACCUGGGCAUCACCACCAAAUGUCUGUCCUACGCCAAAGCAUCGACCGACCCAUUUGUCUACUGCAUCCUGAGGCAGCAGUACCGAAAGGUUCUGGUGACGGUCAUCAGCAGGGUCAUGGGCAAAGAACAUUACUUCCUGUCCACCCACAGUACCACCAGCACUCUGGACACCACAGACGAAAACUGCGUGGUCGUUAAAAUAACUUGAGCCGGACUCGCAUCUGUUUCUUGUGUUUCGCUACACAAUAACCUUCUCCGGAGAGGUCAAAGGUUAGAGGCUCUGACCAGCAGCAGCUGCUCAUUCGUGACUAGAAGUUUGUGCCUUGCUCAAGGACAAUCCUUAAGAGGGCUUGGUCACAUGACUGUUAGAGCUCCAAUGUGGUCCACUGGGAGGAUUGUCAGGGACAAUGUAUAUCUCCACCCGGUCGCUCCAGCCUUGUGUGCGUUCAUCCAGAGGGCUGGCCAGUUUGCCUACUCAGGCGUAGCCAAGAAUUACUCCAAUUCACCAUCGUAAACUGCAUCGUCGUUCUUGGACGUUUGAAUUGUGAUCAAGUGUUCUUCGUGUUUCAUCACAAACAUGUACUUUUCAUGUCGAGUGCCAUACAGUGAAAAGAAGUUUGUGAAUGUGUGUACAACGACACUUAGUAA